CAAUCUGUCGUACAGCAGAGCCCAGUCGUGUGAUUCCACAUAGCUUCGAGCAGACGUCGUUUCGAACGAGUGUCCAAUCUAUUGUACCCCGCGAGAAUCAGUGAGAAUAAUAAGUUAAACGUGGCCGUGUGCUACAGUGUGCAGUGUUGCAAUCUGCCUGAAAGUGAUGCCCCCGGUUGUGUGACCGACAAGACACGGCAAUCCGAGUACCACAGAGGUGCGAAAGCCUUGGAGCUAGUGUGUGCAAAGACCUCCGUCAACGCGCGACGCCUGGAAGGUAGCAGGCGAAAUUGUGCGGUGCAACUAAAACUGCGUCGUAGUUUCGAGUUCGUUAUCACACCCCGCUACUUAUCCAUCGGGUGAACAGCCAAAGAAUCGUUUCAAAGCUGGCGUCCACGGCACUAUCAACAGCGGCGGUGCAGGAGCCACAUCAGGAACAAACUACAAACGGUAGAAUGUCUCGAAAGAGGCCACGUGAGAUCGCCGUCCCUCCGGCUACGGCGGCGGUACGAACCGAGGAAUCCGUCUCGGUUGAAAUUCCAGCGAGUGAACUGAUUCAGAAUGGUGGUGACGGUGCGAACGGUAGCAAUAACGGCAGCAAUAAUGGAGCGACUCAGAAACUUUUCAGCAGCAUUCGCAUCGACGACGAUGGAAUGGAAAUGGGCAGUAGUGAUAAUUUCUGGCCACCCAAUCCGGACAGCUUACUACAGAAUGGGCACGUGAACUACGACACUCCAUCUUCAUCGUCGGCAGCGAAACCGGGAGCCGCAGUAUCACUGUCGAACUAUUCCAAACAGUUGGGAAGUGGAGUCGAACACAGCCCACCCGUCACAAUUUGUAAACCGGCACCGUUUUCGGACGAAUUGGAUGCACUUACCGAGCUGGACCGAUGCGAUUACACACAGAAAAUCACCUACCAAAUGGCCAGAUCCGGCACGGCCCCGCGGAGGAUCCGCGUCUACGCGGACGGUAUCUACGAUCUGUUCCACCAGGGCCACGCCCGGCAGCUAAUGCAGGCCAAGAAUGUGUUUCGCAACGUGUAUCUAAUUGUCGGCGUGUGCAGUGAUGAGCUAACGCACAGCCGGAAGGGCCGCACCGUCAUGAACGACGACGAGCGCUACGAAGCGGUCCGGCACUGUCGCUACGUGGACGAGAUCGUCCGUGAUGCCCCCUGGGAGUUGGAUGAUGAUUUCCUGGAGACACACAAGAUCGACUUUGUGGCCCACGACGAAAUUCCGUACAGCUCGGACGACUGCAACGACUUGUAUGCCAUCAUCAAGGCCCGCGGAAUGUUCGUUGCGACGGAGCGAACCGAAGGCGUCAGCACGUCCGACAUCGUCGCUCGGAUCGUCAAGGACUACGACAUGUACGUGCGGCGAAACCUGGCCCGCGGGUAUACAGCCAAAGAACUGAACGUGUCAUUCCUGUCGGAGAAGAAGUUCCGCUUCCAGAAUAAGAUGGACGAACUGAAGGACAAGGUGAAGAAGGGCAAGGGCGACAUCAUCAGCAAAUGGGAGGAAAAAUCCACCGACUUCAUCCGGACGUUCCUGCUGAUGUUCGGCAAGGACAGUCGAAUCUCAAACUUUUGGUCCGACUCGAAGAAGAAGCUGACGUCGGCCCUUAGCCCACCGGGAAGCCCCCACGGCGGAAGCAACAGCAGUUUGAACGAAUACGGUGACGAAGAUGGGGACAGUCCGGAUUCGGUGCUGGAUUCGCCACCAAUGAAGCGCUCUAAUUUGCUCAGAUCUGGACUCAACUCGAGAAAUCAACUGUCGGAAACCGAAGACGACGGGGAAGACUAUGAUGAUGAGGAGGAGGAGGAAGAUAAUGAGGAGGAGUUUGUUGAUUCGCGUUCGCGACCUGCUUCCAGCUACAGUCUGGCAGCGAUAGCCAACGGUCAGCACUAGAAGUAUGCAUUAGGAGGAAGUGUGUGAGCGGUCAUUUGGACGUUUGUUUUGUCUCAGCGCAAAUCCACGUGUCUGCGGUGGGUGAUCUGAGUGAUCACGGAGGUUGCGUUGCCUUCUUUUUGCGAGUGAGAACAGACUGGAUCUUCAACCGACUAUGUGAAGAAUGCAAAAUUGAAAGCGAACGAGAGGACCGAGAGACUGAGAAUGAGUGUGAGAGAGCAAACUGGAGUAAGCAUGCGUAGCUAAAUUUUCUGCAUAUAUACCUAUUUAUUUAAUUAUUAUUGCAAGUGUAGAAGCGAGAAGGUUUUGUUUUUAUCCUUUCAAUAGCAAUCAGUAGCCUUUUUUCGUUGCAAAAUGUUUCUUGUUACUUUAGCCCUAUUACACCCAAUUAUUUUCAUUUAGCUUUAGAGUCGAAAUUACCUAAAAGUACAUCCAAUCGGCAUACUUAUACAAGGGCUUAUUGAGUUUUAUUCAGCAUCGAGCUACAUAGGAAUGGUUUGAACUAAUCCCUUCUACGGUACCGGUAGAUAAGGAUUGCUAUAAUAUUGAAAUACAGUAAACAUGAAUCCAAUGAAAAGGCUGUUUCGUUUUUAAUUUUUGUUUAUGUGUAAUCAUUUUGAAAAUAUGGAGUGGCAUAUGCGAGGUAGUCGAGAGCUGAUCGCCAGGUUUUGGUAUUGAAAUUAUUUUAGGAAUUUGAACCAAAGUUUUCAAUUUCUUCGGAAUGAUGGUGAACGAUUAUAUUUGUUUGAGACUGAUGGCAACAGAAUAACUAAACAGCACGCAGAAAAAAAAUACUUUUCCAAGGCGAAUUUGAACAGUACAUUCCAGUGAAAUUUCUUACACGAAUCUUUCCGAAUCCCACAGACAAAAAAAUUUCUUCCUUCUCAUAAGCAAUCUAACGUUAUAAGAAUGUUUAAAACAAGAUUAACCAUAUUAGUGCUUAUCCCUCUCCUUAGCUUUGCAAAGACGUCUUUAAACUGUUGUUGUUAUUGAUGUGAGUAAGAUCCCUUUUUCCCCGAUUCAUAGCUUUUUGAGAGUUGCCUUUUGAAAUAGUUUAUAGCGAGUGGAAUGCUAAUUUGAGCAAAUGGAUUUCCAAAGAUUGAAGAUUAUCAUUGAAAACCACCUUUGAUGGGUUUUGACAAAACGGAUGAAACAAAAUCUGUAUAGUUAACGACGUACUCAGUAGUGCUAUUUAUCGGAAUGGUCAACUAUAGUUGGUGGAAGCUUGUCGGCAAAUGGUGGACAUCGGUAUGAUAGGCGAAAUAAUAUGAUUCAUAAUAAUCAUUGCUAAAAAGCGUCAUAUUGUUAACUGUGUACCGAAGACAGAAACGAGAAAGAGAAAACAACGGACUAAAAUAUUGUGGUGGCGCAACAUGGUUUGCCAGUUUUUAGACGCUACCAGUAGGCAGUAGUGGGUUGUUUGCAUUGAUAACAUUUAAUAACUUAUUCACCAAAUUAAAAACAAGACAUGCAAAGAAAUCCUUUAAAUAAACAUUUGCGGUAAAGUAAUCAUGUUAUACCUACACACAGC